AUGAAAAUUAAUGAGAUGGGAAACUCUAUUCACAGAUGGGGCUCAUUUGCAAAUGGAGAAGAAGGGUUUGAAGAGUUGGAUGCCCCAGUUUCCUACAGAAUAGGGCUCAAGACAUGGGCCAAUUGGGUUGACUCAACUAUUGAUCCUAAUAAGACCCGCGUCUUCUUCACUACCAUGUCCCCUACACACCAGAGAAGUGCAGACUGGAACCGUAAGGAUGGGAUUAGGUGCUACAACGAAACAAGACCAGUGAAGAAGAAAGGCCAUUGGGGAACUGGUUCUGAUAAAAGAAUAAUGAGUGUGGUGGCCAAUGUAGUGGGGAAAAUGAAAGUCCCAGUAACUUUCGUCAACAUAACACAGCUAUCAGAGUAUCGAAUCGAUGGCCAUUCAUCAGUUUACACAGAAUUUCAAGGCAAAGUGUUGACUGAUGAGCAAAAAGAAGACCCACUUACUUAUGCAGAUUGCAUACAUUGGUGUUUACCUGGAGUCCCUGAUACAUGGAAUCAAAUAUUUUUUGCAUAUUUGUAA